GCCAUAGUGUCUGAGGAGUACAGGGUACUGCUUCUCAGCUAACAGCCAUGGCUCUUGGAAUCAUCUUCUGGGUUUUCUGGAUUUCUUUACUGGCUGAUAGUAAUGUCGGUUCAUCAGCUACAAAAGGCUAUGGGUAUAGCUAUGGAUAUCAGUAUCCAUUUAAAGCACGUCUGAGUAAACUUGUGGAUGAUGGAAACAAGGUUUUGACCUCCGAUCGGAAUAACCAGCAGGGUGUCGAUAAGCAGCCAGCUGGCUUUGUAUACAAACACCACAACAAACCUUCAGCUGAACAACAGCAGAAUCUGGCUCCUAAUCAACAAAACUUACAAAACACGCUACCCAAUGCAGAGAGGUUUGCAAAACAGCAAAUCCAACCAAAUGCACAAAGUUCUCCAAAGGUAGAGGGACUUGUUAAUGGUGAGACCAGACAAUGGGGGCCAGUGAACCUUAACAAGCCACUCCUAUUCCCUUUAAAGUCCAGCUAUGAGGUAGCUGACCCAUCUGCUGCAAAACCUCGAUCUACACCGUUUAAUGUUUAUACAAGCACUUUACCCCACUCUACAAGCACUAGUGAAACUGCUCACACAAGUCAAACUGCAUACAAUGAGCCUGCUUCACCCUCAACCUUUCAGGCUGUGGCUUCUCCCAGGCUAUGGCAGCCUGAACCAGUGGGCAAUGGUAUUGGGGUGUCUGAUUCAGGUUUUGAUUACAGAGGCCAGGACUUGAGCAGUGUUUCCAGUGCAUACAGCUAUCCAAGAAACAAACCCAAUCUCUUCUUUGAGGAAGUAUUUCAGUAUCCCUCUAAAAGCACCGAGCCUCCUCAAAGUUCUGGUCCUGUCUCGAAUGCUGUCGGAGGAUACAGCGGAGGGUAUGCAACUAGACACGCCUCCACACCAGUGACUCUAUCAUUUCCAAAUAACAUACAAGCCCAACCUUUCUAUAAGUCUUGGAGGGGGGUUCCUUCCUUGUCUAAGCUCAUUGGAGGCGGGAAUCUUAAAUUUAAUCAGAUGUUCCGCCGGCCACAAAAUGCAGUGUUCAGCCCCCCAAGGGUCAAGGUUCCCGCAAGGGUCAAAGUUUACCAGAAUGUCAUGGCGCCGUCUAGAGGCUAUCAACCGAUCCUUCAUCACCCACGCCCUUCAAGCUAUAUUGUCUUGUCCAGAAGCAGCUACCAGAAAGGAAGGUAUAUCCAAAGCAAAACAAGAUACACUCCAGAAUAUCCUCUCAGUGGCUUGGAAGGUGUCAUUGAGCCUGCACACAACUAACCAGCUGAACUGUCAACUGUGAAAGAACACUCACAG